AUGGACACGAUGAACCAAGCAUUCGAGAAAGUGAAGAUGCUAGUAAGAAUGGAGGGGGAUGAUGAAGAACAAGGUGUAGCAACACAAGAAAGCAGUUCCUUUGCUUUCAUGGAUGAUUUCAAUAGAGACUGCACCCUCUCCACUAAACAAGUAUAG